UGGGCGUUCGGACAAGAUGGCGGCGCCCUUGCGCGAGUGCUGAGCAACAAUUCGUGUCGGCGAAGGAAAAAAAUAAAAACAAGAAACAAAAGUGAAAAAUCGGUUUCGCUGCACGAUUACGUCCACGGCGCCGGAAACAGAAGACGACGCCAAGGCGCGCGCAGACGCGUUUAUUCGUGCCGGAGCGUUGCAUUUGCGAGAGUCAGCGUGAAUGAAAAUGAAAAUGAUGAUGAAGAUGAUGAUGAUCAUGGUGGUGGUGGGCCUGUGUCCGAUCCGUUACCCCUAACGAAGAAUCGUCCUCACGUUUCCCUUCCAAAAAAUAAAAGUACAAUAAACAAUAAACACACCAGACGACUAUCUUUGGAUUUAUCUCGCGGCUCGUGCUUGAAAUUGUGGACGCUGCCGUGUCUUUUGCAAGAAGCCUGAUGAAAAUGGACGUGGAGCUGCUUCACUCGCCUGCCGUGGCGCUUUCUGAGGAAGACGAGGCCGACAUGAGCGACUGGAAUCUUCCUCUCGCUUUCAUGAAGAAACGACACCUGGAGAAGAUUGAGGGCUCCAAAGCACUCGCUCAGAGCUGGAGGAUGAAGGACAGGAUGAAGACAGUGAGCGUUGCACUCGUUCUCUGCCUGAACGUUGGAGUCGACCCUCCGGACGUGGUGAAGACAUCGCCCUGUGCCAGACUGGAGUGCUGGAUAGAUCCUCUCUCGAUGAGUCCACAGAAGGCUCUGGAGACGAUCGGGGCCAACCUGCAGAAACAGUAUGAGAACUGGCAACCCAGGGCGCGCUAUAAGCAGAGUUUAGACCCCACAGUGGACGAGGUGAAGAAGCUGUGUACGUCUCUGAGGAGGAAUGCUAAAGAGGAGCGUGUCCUGUUCCACUACAACGGACACGGUGUCCCCCGUCCCACCGUCAACGGAGAGAUCUGGGUCUUUAACAAGAACUACACUCAGUACAUCCCUCUGUCCAUCUACGACCUGCAGACGUGGAUGGGGAGUCCCUCCAUCUUUGUGUACGACUGCUCCAACGCCGGCAUCAUCGUCAAGUCCUUCAAACAGUUCGCACUGCAGAGGGAGCAGGAGCUGGAGGUGGCGGCAAUAAACCCGAACCACCCCCUGGCACAGAUGCCCCUCCCUCCAUCCAUGAAGAACUGCAUUCAGCUAGCAGCGUGUGAAGCUACCGAGCUCCUGCCCAUGAACCCUGACCUCCCUGCUGACCUGUUCACCUCCUGCCUGACCACGCCCAUCAAAAUCGCUCUGCGCUGGUUUUGUAUGCAGAAAAGCGCCAAGCUGGUGCCAGGAGUCACACUGGACCUGAUCGAGAAGAUCCCUGGGCGUCUGAAUGACAGGAGGACGCCGUUAGGCGAGCUCAACUGGAUCUUCACUGCCAUCACAGACACCAUCGCAUGGAAUGUACUGCCUAGAGAUCUUUUUCAGAAACUCUUUCGUCAGGAUCUGUUGGUUGCCAGUCUGUUCCGUAACUUCCUAUUGGCUGAGAGGAUCAUGAGGUCAUACAACUGCACGCCGGUCAGCAGCCCCAGGUUACCACCCACCUACAUGCACGCCAUGUGGCAGGCGUGGGACCUGGCGGUGGAUAUUUGCCUCUCUCAGCUUCCCACCAUCAUCGAGGAGGGCACGGCCUUCAGACACAGUCCGUUUUUCGCGGAGCAGCUCACAGCGUUUCAGGUGUGGCUCACUAUGGGAGUGGAGAACAGAAACCCACCUGAGCAGCUCCCUAUUGUCCUACAGGUCCUCCUCAGUCAGGUGCACCGGUUGCGAGCGUUGGACCUGUUGGGUCGUUUCCUAGACCUCGGGCCCUGGGCCGUCAGCCUGGCUUUGUCUGUAGGCAUAUUUCCGUAUGUGUUGAAGUUGUUACAGAGUUCAGCGCGAGAGCUUCGUCCUCUCCUUGUCUUCAUCUGGGCCAAAAUCCUCGCCGUGGACAGUUCCUGUCAGGCUGAUCUGGUGAAGGAUAAUGGUCAUAAAUACUUCCUGUCAGUUCUGGCUGACCCGUACAUGCCAGCCGAGCAUCGUACCAUGGCCGUCUUCAUCCUGGCAGUUAUAGUCAACAACUACAACACGGGACAGGAGGCGUGUCUACAGGGGAACCUGAUUGCGAUCUGUCUGGAGCAGCUGAGCGACCCUCACCCUCUCCUGCGUCAGUGGGUGGCCAUCUGCCUCGGCCGCAUCUGGCACAACUUCGACUCGGCCCGGUGGUGCGGUGUUCGAGACAGCGCUCAUGAGAAACUCUACAGCCUCCUGUCAGACCCCAUACCUGAGGUACGAUGUGCGGCCGUGUUUGCAUUGGGGACCUUUGUGGGAAAUUCGGGCGAGAGGACGGACCAUUCCACCACCAUCGACCACAAUGUGGCCAUGAUGUUAGCGCAGCUCAUCAACGAUGGGAGCCCCGUGGUCAGGAAGGAGCUGGUGGUGGCUCUGAGUCACCUGGUGGUUCAGUAUGAGAGCAACUUCUGUACUGUCGCUCUGCAGUUCAUGGAGGAGGAGAAGAACUAUGCAGCUCCCUCACCUGCUAACACUACAGAGGUGGGGAACGUGACUCCGGUGAGGGAGCGAGACAGUCCGGCGGUCCCUCGUCUCCGCUCCGUUAACUCCUACACCAACAUCCGAGCGGCCAGCAGCACACGCAACCUCAAUAAGAGUCUCCAGAACCUCAACCUUAACGAGGAAGGUGGCCCUGUGACCUUCUCCCCCGGUAACCUGAGUGCGAGCAGCAGCGCCAGCAGCACCCUGGGCAGCCCUGAUAACGACGAGUAUCUCCUGUCCUUCGAGACCAUCGAUAAGAUGAGACGGGUCAGCUCCUACUCAUCCCUCAACUCCCUCAUCGGUGUGUCCUUUAACAGUGUGUACACACAAAUCUGGCGUGUGUUAUUACACCUGGCAGCUGAUCCGUUCCCGGAGGUGUCUGAUUUGGCCAUGAAGGUGCUGAACAGCAUUGCCUAUAAGGCUACGAUGAAUGCUCGACCACAGAAGAUUCUGGACUCAGGUUCUCUCACCCAAUCAGCUCCAGCCAGUCCAACCAGCAAGGGAACCCUCAUACACCAAGCUGGCGGGUCUCCACCCAUCCCGGGUGUGUCCAGUUCCAGCCUCACCAACGACGUGCCAAAGCCACCACAAGCCCAGCCCACUCGCCCUCCGUACACACCCACUCUGGGCUCUCAGGUGCCGCCCCAUUCGCACCAAUUCUCACGAACACGCAAAAUGUUCGACAAGGGACCUGACCAGAUGGCAGAGGAUGGAGAUGAGACUCCUGCUCACAGGAACUUCAUCAGUGUGACACUGCAGACCGGACUGUGUGACUGGAGCGCCAAAUACUUUGCACAACCCGUCAUGAAGAUCCCGGAGGAGCACGAUGUGGAGAGUCAGGUGAGGAAGGAGAGAGAAUGGAGGUUCCUGAGGAACUCCGGAGUGCGCCGACAGAGCCAGCGUAUCACACAGAGAGGAAUCGCCCGAUUGGACGAUCAGAUCUUCAUUAACAGGAACCCCGGAGUGCCUUCAGUGGUGAAGUUUCACCCGUUUAACCCCUGCAUCGCUGUCGCCGAUAAAGACUCCAUCUGUUUUUGGGACUGGGAGAAAGGCGAGAGGUUGGAUUAUUUCUAUAAUGGGAAUCCCCGAUACACUCGCAUCACAGCCAUGGAGUACCUGAACGGACACGAUUGCUCCCUCCUCCUCACCGCCACCGACGACGGGGCGUUACGAAUCUGGAAGAACUUUGCGGACCAGCGGAAUCCCGAGAUGGUGACGGCAUGGCAGGGUCUCUCAGACAUGCUGCCCACCACACGAGGUUUAGCUCGGCGGGUUUCAAUCUAUCUUGACAGAAGUAAGCAGGGAGGUGCAGGAAUGGUGGUGGACUGGGAACAAGAGAACGGGCUCCUCAUGACCUCUGGAGAUGUUCGAGUCAUCCGGAUCUGGGACACAGAGAGAGAGAUGAAGGUCCAGGACAUCCCGACAGGAGCAGACAGCUGCGUGACAAGUGUGUCAUGUGACCCGCAGCGCUCCCUAGUGGUGGCCGGCCUCGGCGACGGAUCUGUGCGUGUGUAUGACCGCAGAAUGGCUCCCAAUGAGUGCCGUGUGAUGACGUAUCGGGAGCACGGUGCGUGGGUGGUGAAGGCUCACCUGCAGAGAGAGACAGACGGACACAUCAUAAGUGUUAGUGUAAAUGGAGACGUGCGUUUUUUUGACCCCCGUAUGCCUGACUCCAUCAACGUGCUACAGACUGUGAAAGGACUGACGGCACUCGACAUCCACCCACAGGCCAACCUGUUCGCCUGUGGUUCUAUGAAUCAGUUCAUCGCCGUGUAUAACUCCAGUGGUGACGUCAUCAGUAAUAUUAAAUACUAUGAUGGCUUCAUGGGGCAGAGGAUCGGUGCUAUAAGCUGCUUAGCUUUCCACCCGUACUGGCCGCACUUGGCCGUGGGCAGUAACGACUACUACAUGUCCAUCUACUCAGCGGACAAGAGACUGAGAUAACACCAUGACCUCUGACCUUUUGACCUUACGUGCCCCAAGUGGGCGGGAUGUAAAUGAAUUCUUGUACAUAUGCAACUACCACCAUGAAUGUUUAGUGAACGCUGCUGAACUUUCACAGUCACUAUUGGAAUAACAACAGUAAUAAUAGAGUAAUUAUUAUUAUUAUUAUUAUUAUUAUUAUCAUUAUUAUUAUUUUGGAGUUCUUGAUUGUAGACUUGGCUGUGCUGAGCAGUGUGUAUAUUUAAACUGCAAUUAUGAAAAACAGAUACAUAUAUUUUACAGAUCAGUAAAGGAGGCAGUGAAGUUGCCUCUCUUCGGAGUCUAAAAAGGGGCGGGGCCUGGGGGGUGGGGGGCAGGAAGUGCCCGGGGAACUCUUUACUAAUGCAUUAUAUUGAGAUAUGGAGUGUUAUAAAUGGGUGGAGUCUUGCUAUCUCAAAUGGGUGUGGGGGGGGGGGGGUCUAAUGUGGGAGGAGUCUUAUAACAAAUGCAUUAUGUGACAGUGGGAGAUGAAAGAGGGGGUGGAGUCUGAGAGAUGGGCCUUAAAAGAGGGUGGGCUGUAGGAGUGUGGGCCUAGAAGUGGGCGGAGACUUAUAACAAAUGCAUUAUAUGAAAUCCAGGGCCUUAAAAGGGAUUCAGAUAUAAUGCAUUGGUUACGACUGUGAGUGGGGGCGGAGUCUGACAGCAGGUGGUUGGAGUCACACUAUUAAUGCAAUAUGAGAUUGAUUGUCUAGAAAAGGGGUGGAAACUUGAAGUUUCUGGGGGUCUCACACUGUUAUUGCAUUAUAUGAGAAAAGGAGAUAAAAGGGGAGGAGUCUUGAAGUCAGGUCUCAAUAUGAAUGCAUUACGUGGGUGGGGUCUGAGAGUGUGUUGCCCAAAAGUGGGAGGUACCUGGCCCUGGAUGAGGUCAUGAAGGUUUGUAGGGGUGAUGUCAGAGGUGAGCACCACACCUAGCUACCACACACACACACACACACACACACACACACACACACACACACACACACACUAGACCCAAAUGCAUAUUUAUACAUGUGCCGAUGUCACGAUUAUCACAAGUACAAAUAUCACUGUUUAUGAUAUUCUCAGAUUAGCAUGUUUUCUCACACAGCUCCCUCAUGGCUUAGCCCUUAGCUUGCUAAUCUAAAUGUUUAAAAUCCAUGCAUGCAUUUUGAUAACAAUUUAUUUGACGCUUUUAUAGAACUUUCAUCAGCAUCGGUUACUUCUCGGAGAUACGACACUUGACACUUCACAUGCAUCCUGGAAAAUUGUCCUGAUAAUCUGUUAUGCGAUGUAUUAUGUUACACCAUGGGAAAAUACUCCUUCCUGAUUGGCAGGUGGGGACGUGUGCAUAUUUUUCACACGUUUUGCGCAGGAGCUCCCCAUUUUACAGUCGGAGUACGCUGCUACGAGUUAUUAAUCAGAAAUACACAAAAAGAGCCAAAUGAACCAAUCGACAUGUGAAUCUGGAGUGAUUGACAGUUGUAUUAGGUGUGAACUCUCUGAUAUGAACUGACCACUUGGAGGCCCCGCCCCUUUCUCUCCGUCUCAGAUUAGUCAUCUCUCGUUUCGUCUCUAUUUUCCUGGUUCAAAGACGUCUUCACUUUUUGCCACGGUAAACAAAGAGUGUGUAGAAAAAGAAAAAAGAAGAACAACCUUACGAAAUGUAUUGAUAGCAACAGUUUGAAACCAGCCGCAAGUUUAUUUUUUAUAUCAUCAAGAAAUAUUUACGAAGCCUCUGAUUGUUUAAACGCUUCAGAGUAUCCUUGAUAUAAGCGUGUUAUCAAGGAGGCUUUAUUACACCAUCACUACCCAAGGAUUGUUUGGUGUAGGGAACCUUGUUAGGCAGUUUGUAAAUUUGGAAAUGACGUUAAAUUAUAGUAUUGUGAACGCGUGAUUAAAAACUUGCACAGUUACCGUGACAACAUCGGCACAUGCCUCAUACAGUAUAUAUUGUACUUUGCUCUGAUAUGAUGGAUUCAUUUUAUAUACACUGACUUCCUCUAGUGAAACAGGACUCACUUACUGGGGGGGAGGGGGGGGGCAGUAUCUGGAGGAAUAUUUAAAGGUUCUAUGAAGAACCCUACAUCCUGCUGUUUUACCUGUAAUACAGGGUUCCAACCGUUCUCUUUUUCUUUAAAGAUGUAUGUAAUGUUUCAUUUUUGUUGUUUACAUUAUAUGCGGUUUUCUGAUUAUUUUUCACCCUGUGUUUCAGUACUGUCUUUAACACGUCCUCGUCUUUAACGCCUCCCCUCACUUCCUGUCACAUGAGGGACCACUUAAGGUACAAAGGAACAAGUGUGGAACAGCUUGCUGACUAGAUAACGGCAAUGCAGUUUGCCUUGCAAAGUCUAAUAAAUGGAACAAGAUUCAUUUCACCAAUGUAGGAAGAAAUUUUAAAAUGACAUGCCGCACCUUUAACAGUUUAAAGGUGCAGUAUGUCGUUUUAAAAUUUCUUUCUAGACUUGUAGCAAUAAAGAAAUGUAAACAAAAUUCCUUAGCAAAAUUGUAUUUUGCAAAUUACCAUAUAAUCAACUCGACUAGUUUUUGUUUCUGGCUUGUGUUUAAAUUCUUUACGGCCCGUAAAAUUAGCUCCAACCCGCAAGGCAGAACAGAGCAGUUCAGUCUGUGCUGGUUUUCUUACAACACAUCUUACAAGGAAAACUCUGUUUCACCAGAUAAGGUGGGGUUGUUUAUUAGGGGAAAGGGAAAAUAUAUAAGAUGUAAUUGUUUCCAUUACUUUACCUCAUAAGCAGCAGAGGGCGCUAAAUAUCGCACACUGCUCCUUUAAGAUGCCGAAGACGUUGCUACCAAAUGGAAGACUUCAAGAGGGCGUGUUAAAACAGUACUUAUGUGUUUUUUUUCUUUCUUUUGUAUGUUGCUUGUUUUUCUUGAUUAUGACUUCUUCUGCCUGGAUCUUGUUGACGGCGUUUCAGCUGAAAAUCUCUCCACAGACACCUCACCUCACGUCUUACUUUAGCCGAAUAAAAAAUGGCUGCCUGCAACCACUCGGACCGAUUUCAGGAGCUUACAAAAAGGACUACGGCCCCUGACCCACCUCACAGAGGACUCCCCGAUGCACACCUACGACUGUACGACUAUCUCGCUUUGAGUUUUAAUGUUUUAGAUUUAAAAUGUAAAAAAAAAAUUAUAAUAAGAAAAGCUAGUAGAAUGAAUUGAUGCAAUCAGGUGUUCUCUCUGCGACUGUAGACUGCUUUUGCUGGCUGUGGUUUUUAUGACAGGAGAAGAAAUCGUUGAAAUAAAACCAAAUACAUGAAUGAA